GACAAGCACUUGAGCGUCCAGGGCCUCUACACAGCAGUGGAGGUCACCCACAACAUGGCCGGCACGGUUCUCGUCCCUGGUUCGCAUCGCACGAAGCUGCCCAAGGAAGACAAGAGCCUCCGCGUGGAUGAGAAUUUUGCCAAGUCUUACUUGCAGUCCUUCAAGACGAGGGCGCUCAUGCGCAAGCUGAUCCGGCCCUACGUGCCGGCUGGUGGUCUGCUCCUUUUUAACUCCAAGCUCAUCCAUGCGAACGAUCCCGGCACUGUUAGGAGGUCGGAGGCUGACGGCCUGCCAAAUCGUUUGGCGUUGGCGGUGGCCUACGCGCC